AUGAAUGUUGGUGCUUGGAAUUGUAGGGGUUUAGGACAAGCGGACACCCCUAAAAUUCCUUAUAUUUUAUCGUUAGUCCGCUCUUAUAGUUUAGAUGUAGUUUUCCUUAUGGAAACUAUGCUUCCUGUGAAUGUUGCUAUGAAUAAGCUGUCUUUAGUAGGCUAUGAUGGUUUUUGUGGGGUGGAUGCUUUAGGCCUUAGUGGGGGUUUGGUAGUUUUUUGGUUUGCCCCUGUAGUAGUUAUGCCUAUUUCGGUUUCAGCUCAUGUAAUCUUUUGCAAAGUGGAAGUUCCUGGCCAAGCAAUAAAAUAUAUCAUAUUUGUGUAUGGAUCACCUCAUGUUUCUUUUCGGUAUUUAGUUUGGGAUGAAAUUUCUUCAAUCUUAAAUGACGUACCAAAUGCAGUUAUUUUAGGGGAUUUUAAUCAAGUUGAGUAUUUUAGUGAUAAAGUUGGUGGUUCUUCUGUUAUUCACGGGCGUCAUGAUUUUAUAAAUUGGAAAUUAAACUCUCAGUUGAUGGACAUUCCGUUCAAUGGACCACACUUUACUUGGACUAAUGGUCAACUUCAAAAACCUACUUUUGAAAGGCUUGAUAAAGGAUAUGCUACUUCCUCAUGGUUGGAUUUACAUCCUGAGGCUUCUAUUCUCCACCAACCGAUCUUGUUCUCGGAUCAUGCUGCUAUUAUUCUUCGGGAAGCCGGUUCUUCCAACUUCAAAAAAUGCCCUUAUAAGAUUGAGAAUUGGUGCUUGAGUUUAACGGACAUUUCUUCUUUGAUUCAAAAUCAGUGGCAAAAUUCUCCUCCUAGUUCCUAUAUGUUCUCUAUUUCCCGUAAAUUGGAAGAUGUUAAGCGUUGUUUGUUGAACUGGUGUGUUUCAAACAAGAGGAAAUGGGGUAUUGAUUGGCAGAAUCUUCAAGAUUCAGUAAUUUCAAGUUCCUCAAACUUGCAGGAGGAACAAGCUCGAAGUGAGCUUUUGCUGAUUAGGGAAGAUAAUUUAUCUCGUGCCCAGACUGCUUUCUUAUUUUGGAAGCAGAGGUGUAAGACGCGAUGGGAUGCUUUGGGAGAAUCUCAUUCGAGUCUUCUGUUCCGUUCCGUGAAGACUAGGCAGCAUAGGAAUAAAAUUAUGAGUUUAAAAGAUGAUAAGGAUAAUUGGGUUUCAGAUCAACAGCAGAUUUCCGAUCUAUUGCUCAAGCAUUUUUCUAUGUUGUUUAAUUGCCAGGAUACCUCUCCUGCUUCUGUUCCUUGUAACUGGGAGGAGUUGGAUCUUCCUACUCUUUCUCCUGAGGAUUAUCAGUUCCUUAUGAAGCCUUUUUCCUAUUCGGAAAUUAAAGCUGCUAUGUUUCAUAUUGGUUCAGAUAAAUCGCCUGGCCCUGAUGGAUUUACAGCAGGUUUCUUUAAGUUGCAUUGGGCGGUAGUUGGGUUUGAGGUAGUUAAAGCCAUUCAGUUCUUCUUUGCUCAUGGCUAUUUAUUAAAGGAAUGGAAUAGGACCUUUUUGACCCUCCUUCCAAAGGUUGACCAUCCCGAAUCUCCCUCUCAGUUUCGCCCCAUUGGGUUAUGCAAUGUGCUUUAUAAAUGCAUUGCAAAAUGCCUUACUAAUCGGCUCCGUCGAGUGUUGCCGUCCUUGAUUUCUGAUUCUCAGAAUGCCUUUGUUCCGGGUAGGCUUAUGACGGAUAAUUGUCUGUUGGCUCAUGAGCUGUUAUCUUACAUGUCUACUUCUUCUUCUAAACUUUGUUCUGCAGCCUUAAAACUAGACAUGAAUAAAGCGUAUGAUAGGGUUAAUUGGAAUUUCUUAUGGGACGUUCUCCGCAAAUUUGGUUUCCCUCCGUAUUGGGUUCAUCUAUUGCAACAAUGUGUUUCAACAGUCUCGUAUCAAAUUCUGGUUAAUGGUUCUCCUUCUCGGCCUUUCCUCCCUAGAUGCGGUCUUCGUCAAGGGGAUCCUUUGUCUCCUUAUCUGUUUGUUUUAUGCAUGGAGGUCUUCUCUUUAAUGCUGCGUCGUGUUGAGAAAAAAGCUUGUGACCAAAUCCUUUCAGUGACAAAUGAAUUUUGUUCGGUUUCUGGCCAGAUGAUUAAUUUACAAAAACCUUUUGUUCGGUUUAGUUCCAACACUUCUGAUGAUUUUCGAGACUAUUUGUCUGCUAGUCUCGGAAUGAAAUCAAAACCUUCUAUUAGUGAGUAUCUGGGUCUCCCGGUGGACUUGGGUCGUGCGAAGUGCAAAGAAUUUCAGUUUUUGGUUGAUAAGGUGGUUCAUCGGUUCUCUUCCUUUGCUUCUCUCCACUUAUCAGCGGCUGCAAAGUUGGUAAUCAUCAACUCUAUUCUGGUUGCUUCUUUUAACCAUGUUCUUUCUGUGUUCAAAGUUCCUGCUACUAUUUGUGAUCGGAUAGAUUCUCUUCUAUCUCGGUUUUGGUGGAAGUCUAACAAAGAUUCCAGGGGUUUGUCCUUGGCUCCUUCUUCGGCGUUGCAUCUCCCUAAAGGAUUAGGGGGGUUGGGUAUUCGCCAUCUUCGAUCCUUUAAUCUAGCAUUGCUGGCUAAGCAAGCUUGGUGUCUGCGGUCCAAUCCUCAGUUGUUGGCUUCUCGGGUCCUUAAAGCUAAGUACCCUGCCUUACUUUCUUCUAAAGCUUCGAUUACUUGUCCUCGCCCUUCUUGGGGUUGUCGUGGUUUGGUAGAGGGAGGUGUAGCUUUAUCCCAAGGUCUGGCUUGGAAGGUAGGCCAGGGGGAUAAUGUUAGCAUUUUACAGGACUGUUGGGUGCCUGACAUCAGGAUUGAGUUCAAGGAUUGUAUUCCUGAAGAAGAUCGUCCUUUGCUGGUAUCUGACUUACUACUUCCCGAUUCUGGUAUUUGGAAUACGUCUUUGAUUAGGCAUCUUUUUCCCAAUUCUGUUGCUUCGGGGAUUCUUGGUUUAGAACGCCCAAUACAGAAGAUUGAUGAUUUUUUGUACUGGAAAUAUACUCGGGAUGGGUCGUUCUCGACCAAAUCUGCUUAUACAGCCCUCCUGUCUCAGCAAUUUUCCCUUCAAAGUACUUCUACUGAUUCUUCAUGGUGGAAACGUUUAUGGGGUCUGUCUAUUCUUCCAAAGUGGAAAUUGCUAGCUUGGAAGGUCUUACAUAAUGCUCUUCCGACAGCAGAGGUUCUUGCUCUUAAGGGCAUUCCGAUUGAUACCACAUGUGUGUUUUGUCAUGUCUCUUCGGAGUCCGUGGGACAUCUAUUUCGGGAUUGUCCUUUCUCUAGUAGUUUAUGGGAUUCCAUGGACUGGGGGUCGCUCCCUAAGCCUGAUACUUCUUUUCCUUUUUCUGCUUGGUUCUCUGGCAUUAUUUCCAGCUUUGCGAAGGCUAAGCAUUGGCUUGCUUUGGAUUGUUUUUUUGGGAUUUGCUGGGCCAUUUGGCUUACUAGGAAUAAUGUUCGGUUUCGAUCGGCGGUUUAUUCCCCUCAUUUUGUCUUGGAUCUUGCUUGGGAAUGGUCCACUAGAAGUGGUAAGGCUCGUGAGUUUUCUAGCUGUUCUACUAGUGUUCCCCCUGGGUUUUCUGCUCCCUCUGAGAGACUGGUGUUACGAGGUGAUCCUAACAUGUUAUGUGAAGUUUCUAUGCUCUUUGAUGGUGCCUGGGAUCGACAGAAUCAUAAUGCAGGUGCGAGUUGGUGUUUCUUGGAUCCCUCUUUUUCCCACUGCAUUGGGGGUGGAGCUCGGGCCUGUAUGGCUAGUUCUGCUCUUCAUUCUGAGCUGCAGGCUUGUCUUUUCGGUCUUAAGCAUGCUCGACAUCGGGGUUUCUCGAGCAUUUACCUGUUCACAGACUGCAUGUCUAUUCCUCGGUUGAUCCAGGAUUUUAGAACUGCUGAUAUUUCGGUAAUGUGGACAAUUCAGGAAAUCCGGGAUGUUAUCUCCUCCUUCUCAACGUGUCAUGUUCAGAAGGUUUCUAGGACAUCGGUUGCUGAGGCUCACUCUCUUGCUGGGAACAUAAUGAGACAAUUAUGCUCUAGUAAUUCCAGUCUUGAGGGUGUUGUUAACUGGAUAGUUGAACAUGAGAAUGAUGCUGACAUUGAGCAGAUGCCCAUGAUAGAUAUCAUGUAUAUUCUUGUUGGCUUUCUUAUUAUGUUCAAUUCAUCAAUUGGAUAUUUGAUGUAUUGCAAUAAAGAUCCUGAUAAUUCUGGUGAUCCUAGGAAAGCACAGCUAACAGCUACCUCCACAGCUACAGUUACCUUCACAGCUAUAUUUUGCCGAACACGCCCUUAG